AUGAAAACACUAAUGAAGUUAUUCCUGCUAGCACUAGCAGUAGGAUUAGCUUCGUCAAGACAUUCGAAACCGAUGGUAACUAUUGUUAGGGAUUACGAGAGUGAUAUACUAUUAUGUUCCUCAGAAUGUACCGAUGGAAUUUCAAAUGGCAAUGUAGUGUUUGGCGAGAACACAAAACAUGGAUAUUUGUUUAGCGGUAAGAUCAUAAUGGUUGCUCCGACCGGCACUGGAGAGGGUGUAUCGGAAGUAUCGAUCAAAGGAAAGGCCAAUAUCAUCGGGACACACAAAUGUGGUGCCAUCCUUUAUGUUAAGAAUCUUGAAAUAACUCAAGGGUCGAAGAUUUACGGCCACGCAGAAUUACGGGAACUAGAGGGCCACCCAGUUCUGUUUUCUUACAACAACGGAAAAGUAGGUCGGAAUAUCUGUUCGUUAGCAAAGGAUAGUGCCGCGGCGAUGAAUUUAAAACGAGCGAUCAUAUCAUCAUUGCAAGUAUCGUCGAUACAAGAAGAACAAAAAGGAUUUUUCGAGACCGAUAUUCAAGGGACAUGUAAUACUACAUAUUAUCCAGGGACAUGGUCGGACUCGGAUCUUACAAUAACGAAGGAAAAAGAUCUCACACAGUGCACGGGGCACGACAAAAUCAAUUUAAUGGGAUUUUCAUCGGCACAAUCGUAUCCGAUUUAUGAAGAUUCUCCGUUCUCGACAGCCGUUCAGCGUUCCGAAAUCCAAAUAAAAGAUUCUACAUUAGUAGCAGUCACCAACGUAGAGACUUUCAUCUAUCAACCGUUUGGUCCAAUUGAUGUAGAAACUAGAAUAAUGGUAUCCAUGAAUUUGCAAUUGGUGAAAAUGACAGGGGUUAAAACCCCAUCUUCAAGUCGUCUGAGCAAAAGCCGAUCUAUUAUGUUUGAAAAACCAACUGGAAUAAUUGGAUCGGCAGAUGCUGAUGCGUUAGUAGCUGCAACACAAUCGGCUUUGACUAAACUCGAACCAAUAGUCGCUAUGGACGGUGCUGAUAGUUUUUCAGAGUUAGUACAAUUAUUAAAAGUGGCAAAGAAGGACGACAUACUUUCUGCGUUUGAUCAGAUUAUGAGUGGUAGUAGUGGAUACGAAAAUACUGAAGUACCAGAAUCAAUUUUCAUAGAUGCUCUAAUGGCUGCUAAUAGUGGUGAAUCUAUUGAAGCCGCUGUACAACUCAUAGAUAGCAACAAAUUAAGCGAUUCAUUAACUAUUUCGUGGUUUAAUAAUUUGGCAAACGCAAAAAAUCCAACCAAAGAGGCAGUGGUCAAAGCAUCAAACUUACUCAAUGACAGAGCUCUAAAAGAGGGCUAUCUGGGAGUCGGCGCUUUGUUAAGACAAUACCUACAAGAGACUCAGGAUUAUACUAGUCCUGAAGUAGGAAAUACUUUGAAUAAUUUAGGAAAUCCAUUAAUGAAAGUGGGCUAUGGUCCAUUAUCAUCAAACGACGAAGACUUAAUUAUUGCUAGUCUAAAGGGUCUCGGCUAUGCUCAAUACAUAAAUAGUGAUCUAGAAGAUUUGAUUAUUAAGAUUACUAUGGAUAAAAAUACUAUUCAAAGGAUUAAAGCAGCAGCAUUGAAUAUGGUUAAAAUCUACUCUGAGAAUUCAAAGGUGGAGAAAGCUUGUGAAAGCAUUUUUACCAACUACUUGGAAGAUUCCGAACUACGUAUUUUAGCGUUUAAAGUAUUUGCCAUUAAUCCAUCUAACUAUAAAGCGACUGUUAUAAAAACAGUAUUAGAUGACAAAAACACCCAACUUCAAAUUCGAGCUUACUUACUCAGCUACUUGAGUAAUUUACAGACGACAGCAGAUGAAAAUAAACUAGAUCAAAAGAGAUUUUAUGAAGGAAUUAAUACGAUUUCAUCAAAAAAAUCACUCAAUGACAUUCUGCGUUACUCGCGGAAAUUGGAAUACUACCAUCAAUGCCCUCUAAUACAUAGUGGAGUUUUAUUGGACGCAGAUAUUAUUUAUUCAUACAAAACUUUUUUGCCACGGUCUUCUUCGGCAUCACUAAAAGCAUACAUAUUUGGACGUAAACAUGACAUUAUUGAUGUUGAUGUCCGUAUUGAAAACUUGGAACCUUUACUGGAAAAACUAUUUGGACCCGAAGGAUAUUUUGCAAAAAGUAAAGGAUCUACUUUCAAUGAGGUUAAAAAUUACGUAACUCAAGCAAUAAACUAUGCUAAGAAUAGAGAACAGAAUGAUGUCAAUUCAGAAUUGUCUUCUAAACAAGCUUGUGAAAAUAUGCCUGAAGAAGAAAUGAAAAAAAUGUAUGUAGAUAUAGCGCUUAAAUUAUUUGGAAAUGAUCUUGGUUGGUUUUCAUUCCAAGGACGUGAAUGUCAAAUUACUUACCAACAUGUAAUUGAUGCCAUACUUAAUAAUUUUGAUAAUUCAGUAACCGAUAAAAAGAAUCUAGAACUAAACAUAAGGAAACAAAUACCAAUUAUCGAUUUCGAAAAGAAAUAUGCAACAUGUUCUGGACUUCCAGUUUCAUUAAAAAUCCAGGCUACGUCAGCUAUUAAAAUUGAUAUAGCUACUAUAUUCGAUUUAGAAAGAUAUUUUAAACAUCCAGAAAAUUCAAAUUUCGCACUCAAACUCAUACCUAGUGGUUCACUUGUUUUCAACUCCUUAUUAACAAUUGAUGGAUAUACUGUUGAUGUCGGUUAUAAAAUAUCGUCCUCACUUCAUACAUCCACAGGAUCUGAUUUUUCAUUAAAGACGACUCAAGGUCGAGGUUUUGAAAUGGUUUAUGGACUUCCUUUGGACGUCAUGGAUAUAUUGACUAUAAAAUCUGAAGCGUUUUCAAUAGUACAGGAAAAAGAAAGUGAAUCGAUUGAAAUACCCAUUACGUCUACAAAUGUUGACAGGCAAUCGUAUACAAGAGCAUUUGAAAAUAUUAACAGUACUGUAGGCUUAUCGUUUUACGUUAAUUAUGAAUAUCCUUGGAACGGACAGUUAAAAUCGUUACUGCCAUUUUCUGGUCCAUCGUCACUUUCUUUAAAAGUUUUUAAAGUUGAUGAAAACCUUACUGAAUAUGUUGUGAAAGGAAGUUAUGACUUUAAGUCGCCAACACUAAAAUAUAUUAAGUUCAUAUUUGUUACACCAAAUGCAGACAUCAAACGUGGUUUGGAGUUAGUCGUUGUUUAUGAUACUAAAGCACAUAAAAAAUUAUUAGCAGAGUUUAAAACUCCAUUCACUAAAAAAAUUCUCCAAGGUACAUUAGUUGAUUCAGACGAACAAAAAACCAUAGAAGUUAAAUAUAUUGAUGGUUCCCAGCACAUUUUUAGUGCUGGAGUAAAAUGUGAAGAAAUAGAUACUGAAACAAUAAAAUAUUCACCAAUAUUUGAAGCUAAAUACUCUACAGAAGGGAGCACUACAAAACACAGACAUCAUCUCGUACCUAUGUUUGACAUAGAAGGGAACGUUCUUGUGAAACGUAAUACAAAUCCUGAAAGUAAUUAUCCAAGUAAAUUAACUUUAAGAGACGUUUCUUUUGUUACUCCCGAAAGCAAACAUUCUUUACAAGGGUCGUUAACUUUUGAAAACAACGAAGUAUUAGGAGAUGUUAGUUUAACAGCAAAUAGUGUUACUAUUAAUAUGAACGGACUUCUUAGUGGAGAUUCUCCAGUAUUCAAAUUGGACUUAAAGUUAGAUAUGACUAGAAACGAACAAGCCAAACAACAAUUAUUGGAGACUGAUGAAAGCAAUGAUUAUAAAUCAAUGUCCAAAUUUGUAGCUUUACUAAACAAAGUUAAGACUUUGAAUGUACUUACAUCACAAGAACUUCAUAUUGGAGAACCAUAUGUAUUCUUAAGUAAAAAUCAUAUCUUCUGGGACGAUGAUUAUUUUGAAGCAAACUGUGACGUACUAUUUGAAAACGAUGAACUCACAACGCAUGGAUAUAUUAUGACCUCCAAUCUACUCGAUAUGACAUUUAAUGCUAAUAUCACGAUUCUGCCAAGUACUGAAGAUACGGGAAUAUAUGCUCUUGGGCUUUUAGAACAUUCUCUUGUUUCUGACCCAUCGUUUGUUGGACAUGGAGAUUUUAAGUAUAUUCAAAAUAAAAAUAAAAAAGGUAGUUAUUUUGAAUUUAAUUCAGAUGACCCAAAAACAUUUGGAAGAUAUCAUUUUAAUACAGAACAUCAGUCUACAGAUGAUGCUUUUAAGUAUACUAUUUACUACGAUAUCUACGAUGGUUCUACUUUUACGGUUGAUAUGAAUAUUUUAACAGACGAUAUCACUUGUAACAUUAAUUUUGAUUCUCCCAAUCCUGAAUAUAAGUAUUUUAUGAUUACACAUGGUUGGUCAGAACCGAAGAAUACGUAUUUAUUUGAUACAAAAGUUUUAUGGCCUGGUGAUCAAAAUUCAAACUAUUUAAAUGCAAAUGGAAAAAUGCUUUUGAACGGACGUCAUAUCCACAUGAAUGGAAACAUUGAUUUUCCAUUAGCUCAUUUAGAAAAUUUCCACAUAUCAGUAAAAAGUAAACCUAAUCCCGAAAUUGAAGAUGGUGGAUUUGCUACAGUUCGCUGCAUUUCUAAUGAUAAAGUUUUACUAUCCGAAAAGUUCAAGUAUCAGUUAACACUAAACGAUGGUGAAUUAUAUGUGUCUGGAGAGAGUAUUUACGACGAGUCACAGAAUGUCAAACCUAUUAGUUUUGAAAUAGUAUACAAAAACUAUACAGAUGAAAAAUACGCAACUGGCAAACAAGUAUUUAUAACGAUUAGUUCCACUUAG